CUUUUGUGCUCACCACUAUAUUUAUUUUCUCUCAUCAUCACAUGUGGGCUUUUUCUCUUGGCCUUGCGAGGAAUAUUCAGAAUAUGCCUAUAAUCAUCGCAGGGCAGGGCAGGGGUUGUAGCUAAGAUGAAGCAUCAGAAGGCAGAAUAUGCGCACGACACUAGACACUUACUUCGGGAGUCGCAUCGCAAAUUUACCCAAAAAGGAGACGAUAGAGCCUCCAUUUUAUAUUAAGGAAUAUUAGUGUCUUUUUUCUUCCACAAAACCUACCACUUAGAAAAACAGAGACUGCACUCACUCGGACAGCAAAAAUUAAGAGCCAAAGCUAUGUCGACUUUUGCGUACUGUGUAAAGGAGCAGAAGCCAUGCGUUCCAUGGGUCCAGAAGUAUUUCAAGGAUUGUCUCUGCAACCUAAACGACGACGUUUCUUUCGCCUUCGGGCUCACCAGUUUGUUCUGCUGGGGAAUCGCAGAAAUCCCUCAAAUCUUUACCAACUUCCGCACCAAAUCCUCCCAUGGCGUUUCCCUCGUUUUUCUCCUCACUUGGGUUGCCGGGGAUGUGUUUAAUCUGGUCGGAUGUCUUCUAGAACCUGCGACGUUGCCCACGCAGUUCUACACGGCUCUGCUCUACACAGCAAGUACUGUGCUUUUAGUAUUGCAGGGUAUCUACUAUGAUUAUAUACGCCGAUGGUGGGACAGUAGAAAGAUGAGAGAAAAUAAAAAGACUGAAGAUGAUCAGAAAAAGCCUUUAAAAUCCAACACAGGGGAUGCAGGGAUUCCCAUACCUACGGCCUCACCAAAAACCACUCCUCGCCAGGAGUUUUUUUAUACGUCGGCAAGAUCUUUGGCUGGGAGUGGCACACCACCAUUUCGAACGUAUAUGUGGGUAGCUAAAAGUGGACCUUCAUCCAUGAUGGCAAUUCACAGUGAUUCAUCAUCAGAUGAUGAAGGAGAAACAGCCCUUGUUUCAUCCAAGAAGCCAGCAGCUAGCCUGCCUAGGCCAAUUCCGAGAUCAGCUGUAAGUUAUGGUACAUUUCUAGCUGCAUCUGUCACUCUGCCGCGAAAGAGCAACGGUCUUAGUGAAACAUUUGCAGGAUUUACUGGAAGAAGAUUGUUACAGCUGGAACUUGGGUAUGGGACAGAGCACAGUGCCUUUGGGCAGUGGUUGGGAUGGCUGAUGGCUCUUAUAUACAUGGGGGGACGAAUCCCUCAAAUCUGGUUAAAUAUUAAAAGAGGAAGCGUGGAGGGUCUGAAUCCUCUAAUGUUCAUCUUUGCACUAGUAGCCAAUGCCACAUAUGUGCUAAGUAUUGUUGUGAGAACCACAGAAUGGGAAAGUAUCAAACCUAAUAUGCCAUGGUUGCUUGAUGCUUUAGUCUGCGUAGCACUCGACUUUUUUAUCAUAAUGCAAUAUGUUUAUUACCGAUGCUUUAGAAAGAAAGGUGCGGGGAAUGGAGAAGACUAUGGAGACUACACAGAGGCAGGUAAAGAAACUGUCCCCUGAUCAUAUAAGGGGGUGCAGUACCUUUGCAAGAAUACUUCCAAUAAGUACGUUUUAAGUGUAAAAUUAAGGUUAAGGAGUUGUUUCAUCUAUUAAAUUUGGCAAUCUUUUGGCUUUUCAUUUUCUUUUGUAUUAUCGUGAUAUAAUCACUUUUUUUUUUUUUUUGGCUAAAAGAAAAGCCCCAAUACUGG